AUGGAUAAACGGAAGGGGAAUGGAGGACCCCCCUCUAAGAGAAUCAAAAGUGAGGAGAUGGAUGAAGAGUUUGACUUUGAUGAUGAUAUAGCACUAAUGGAUGAAGUUGAGGCUGAGAUAAAAGAAGAUGUUGAAAUGGUGGAUGAGGAAGCAUGGACGCGACCUCCAGUUCCUGAUAUCGAUCCAUUAAAGGAUAACAUUGUCUUUCAACAGAUUGAUCUGGAUUAUUAUGUUGGUUCAAACAUGAAAGGAAUGCCAGGAGCUUUGAAAGGUCCUUGCCCUAUUGUGCGAAUGUAUGGCAUCACUGAAGAGGGCAACAGUGUCCUUGCGCAUGUUCAUGGAUUUACGCCUUACUUCUACACCCCAGCACAGCCCGGAUUUAGACAGAUUGACUGUGAGACAUUUAAAGAUGCACUGGACACGAUGGUGAGAAAGGACAUGAGGUCCAACAAGGAGGGUAUUGUCCAGGCCAUUCUGGCAGUGGAUUAUGUGAUGAGGGAAAGCAUUUAUGGGUACCACGGCAACAGGAAGAUCCCCUUUCUGAAGAUAACUGUGGCUUUACCGAGGCUGAUUGCUCCCUGCAAGAGGCUGCUAGAGCAAGGCUUUGUAUGUCCUGGCUAUGCACAGCAUGGCUUUCAAACAUAUGAAAGUAAUAUUGACUUUGAAGUUAGGUUCAUGGUUGACACCCAUGUGGUUGGAUGUAACUGGAUAGAGCUUCCCGCUGGAAAGUACCAUGUUCGCACCCGGCCUCACGGCAGUGAAUCAAGCUCAGGAUCAUGGUCGAGGACUUCACGCUGUCAGCUGGAGGUGGAUGUGUCAUGGGAGGAGUUUAUAUCUCAUCCGGCAGAAGGAGAGUGGUCGAAGGUGGCACCUUUCAGGAUCCUCAGCUUUGAUAUUGAAUGUGCAGGAAGGAAAGGAAUUUUCCCAGAAGCCAACAAGGACCCAGUGAUUCAGAUAGCCAACAUGGUGAUCAGGCAGGGAGAGACGGAGCCAUUCAUCAAGAAUGUGUUCACACUGAAGGCCUGUGCUCCAGUAGUUGGCUCCCAGGUCUUGUCAUAUGAAACUGAGACAGAGCUGCUACAGAAGUGGGCAUCGUUUUUCAGAGAGGUGGAUCCAGACAUUGUCACUGGCUACAACAUACAGAACUUUGACUUCCCCUAUCUCAUCAACAGAUCCAAUCAUCUGAAGGUGAAAGAUUUCUUCUUCCUGGGUAGAGUAAAGGACAUAAAGUCAGUGCUGAAGGACUCAAUGAUUCAGAGCAAACAGAUGGGAAAACGAGAAAAUAAGGUCGUCAACAUAGAAGGAAGAGUACAGUUUGAUUUACUACAGAUUUUAUUGCGAGACUACAAACUGCGCUCUUACACCUUGAAUGCUGUCUCCUUCCAUUUUCUUCAAGAACAGAAAGAGGAUGUCCAACAUUCCAUCAUUACAGAUCUUCAGAAUGGGAAUGAGCAGACACGCCGGAGACUGGCUGUAUACUGUUUGAAGGAUGCCAUCUUGCCUCUGCGGCUUCUGGAGAAACUGAUGUGUGUCAUCAACUACAUGGAGAUGGCUCGUGUGACUGGUGUACCCCUGCCCUUCCUACUGUCCAGAGGGCAACAGAUCAAGGUCAUGUCACAGCUGCUAAGAAAGGGAAAGGAGCAAGAUCUGGUUCUACCUGCUCAUAAAGUGGAGACUGGAGAUGAGUAUGAAGGGGCAACAGUCAUCGAGCCUAUCAAGGGCUAUUAUGAUGUUCCAAUUGCCACAUUGGAUUUUGCUUCCCUAUACCCAUCGAUCAUGAUGGCACACAACCUCUGCUACACAUCACUGCUGAAUCCAGCCGCAAUCAAACAUGAGGGACUCACCGAAGACCAGUUUAUCAAAACCCCAUCUGGCAACUAUUUCUGCAAAGCUUCUGUUAGAAAAGGACUGUUGCCAGAAAUUUUGGAGCACCUGCUGUCAGCCAGAAAAAAAGCCAAAGCAGACCUCAAAAAGGAGACUGACCCGUUUAAGCAGAAGGUGCUGGAUGGAAGGCAGCUAGCCUUGAAGAUAACUGCCAACUCUGUGUACGGCUUCACUGGAGCUCAGGUUGGCAAACUACCUUGUCUGGAGAUCUCUCAGAGUGUGACAGCGUUUGGUCGUCUCAUGAUUGAAAUGACCAAGCAACAUGUGGAGGAGACUUACAACAAGGAGAAUGGCUACGCCCACAAUGCCAAGGUCAUCUAUGGCGAUACAGACUCAGUCAUGGUCAAAUUCGGUGCCAGCACAGUCGAGGAAGCCAUGAAAUUAGGUCAGCAUGCUGCAGAAUACAUCUCCACAAAGUUUGUCAAUCCAAUCCGCUUGGAGUUUGAAAAGGUGUAUUUUCCAUACCUCCUGAUCAACAAAAAACGAUAUGCUGGCCUCUACUGGACUAACCCCAAGAAACAUGACAAGAUGGAUUGCAAGGGCAUUGAAACAGUGCGACGUGACAACUGUCCUCUUGUAGCCCAGCUGAUAAACACCUGCCUACGUCUCCUGUUGAUUGACAGAAAUCCAAAUGGUGCUGUUGAACAUGCGAAGCAAACAAUCUCUGAUCUUCUGUGCAACCGCAUUGACAUCUCCCAGCUGGUCAUCACCAAAGAACUGACCAAGACAGAUGAGGAGUAUUCAGGCAAACAGGCACACGUUGAACUGGCUAACAGAAUGCAGAAAAGAGACCCAGGCAGUGCACCAAAGCUGGGAGAUCGUGUACCUUAUGUCAUUACAGCUGCGGCAAAAGGAACUGCUGCGUACAUGAAAUCAGAGGAUCCUAUCUAUGUUCUUGAAAAUAACGUCCCCAUAGACUGUCAGUAUUAUCUGGAAAACCAGCUGUCAAAGCCUUUGCUCAGGAUCUUUGAACCCAUCCUCGGAGACAAAAAGGCAGAGUCUGUUUUACUGAAAGGCGACCAUACCAGAACAAAGACUGUAGUUAGAUCAAAGGUCGGAGGCCUUGCUGCCUUCACACAGAAGAAAAGCACAUGUAUUGGUUGUAAGACACCCCUGAGUACUGAAGGUGUGGCUGUCUGCCAGCACUGCAAGCCCAAGGAAUCUCAGCUGUACCAGAAGGAGCUCAGUCAGGUCCAGGCGUUGGAGGAGAAGUUCUCCAGACUGUGGACCCAAUGUCAGCGUUGCCAGGGCAGCUUGCAUGAGGAUGUCCUGUGUACCAACCGGGACUGUCCAAUCUUCUACAUGCGCAAGAAAAUACAGAAGGACCUUCUGGAGCAAGACAAACUGGUUUCUAGGUUUGGGGAUGUUACCUGGUAG